AUGGCCGGCGGUGCAGGCGAGUUCGAGAAGUUCACCAGGGUGACCAUGAUCCUGCCGCUGACGGGCGCGCAGUACUCGGACAAGGUGACCGAGAACUGCGUCGCCUACUGGAAGGCCAACGGCGUGUACACGGACGCCGAGGCCGCCGCCGUCGACAAGUUCAAGGAGGCCUUCGGGCCCCACAGCUUCGCCCCCGGCGCCUCCAUACUCUUCACCCACUCACCCGCCGGCGUCCUCACCGUGGCCUUCUCCAAGGACUCGUCCGUGCCGGAGUCCGGCGGCGUGGCCAUCGAGAACGCCCGGCUCUGCGAGGCCGUGCUGGAGUCCAUCAUCGGCGAGCACGGGGUGUCGCCUGCGGCCAAGCUCAGCCUGGCCACCAGGGUCGCCGAGCUGCUCAAGGGGGCCGCCGGCGGCGAGCCGGCCGUGGAGCCCGUGUCGGUUUCGGUGUGA